UGGGGGUAGGCCAGCCUCCUGCCCAGGAAGAGAAGGGAAUGACCUCUCCCCCCUGGGAUCCUGCUCCCUCCCCAGCUGAGCCCUCAGAGGACCAAGGCCUGGCCCAGGCAGGGGGCCUGGAGACAGAGGCAAUGGCCCCUGGGAGCCACAGCCCCCCAGCCCAGGAGGUGGUGACAUUGAAGGACGUGGCUGUGGACUUCACAGAGGAGGAGUGGCACCUCUUGGACCCUCCUCAGAAGGAGCUGUACAAGGAGGUCAUGCUGGAGAAUGUCCAGAACCUUCUGUCCCUGGAUGCAGUGACCAGGUUAGAAGCCAAUGAGACUAUUACCAACCUGAGUGUUUCUGUGGAAGAAUCUUGGCAGCUAAACUUCAUGGGUGACAGUGCCCAUGACUUUCUUUUGAAAGAAAUCUGUGACUCUGAUGUCAAGGAAGAUAAAAAUCCAAAGAAUCCCCAUGAAUGUGACAGAGUUGGAAAGAGCUUCACACAACAUUCAGUCCUAAAUCACCACAAUAAAAUGACCUCAAGAAAUGACUGUUUCCAGUACAGUAAAUACAGGGAAUGCUUUACUGAACAGGUAGAGCUUAAUCAGUCCCAUGAGAAGCCUCUUGAAAUGCAAAUCCAUCAAGGUAAGCCACAGAAAAUGGUCUUCAGCUUGAGUUCAGACAGCAUUAGACCUUGGAAAGGCUACACUAGCAAAAGACUUUAUGUAUGUGAUGAGGGAGGAAAGUCCUUAAGCCAGAACAGUAAGAUCAUGAAUCCUCAGAAAAUUCCCACUGGACAGAAACCUUAUGAAUGUAGUCAUUGUGGAAAGACUUUUACACACAGAUCUAAUCUUGCCAGCCAUCAGAGAAUACACACUGGAGAGAAACCUUAUAAAUGUAAUGAAUGUGGAAAGGCUUUCACACACCACUCCAGUCUUGCUAAACAUCAGAGAAUCCAUGUUGGAGAGAAACCUUAUGGAUGUAGUCAUUGUGGAAAGACUUUCACCCAGAGCUCUCAUCUUACUGGACAUCAGCAAAUCCACACUGGAGAGAAACCAUAUGAAUGUAGUCAUUGUGGAAAGACUUUUACACACAGAUCUACUCUUGCUAACCAUCAGAGGAUCCACACUGGAGAGAAACCUUAUGAAUGUAAUGAAUGUGGAAAGACUUUCACACAGCACUACAGUCUUGCUACCCAUCAGCGAAUUCACACUAGAGAGAAACCUUAUCAAUGUAGUCAUUGUGGAAAGACUUUCACCCAGAGCUCUCAUCUUACUGGACAUCAGCAAAUUCACACUGGAAAGAAACCUUAUAGAUGUAGUCAUUGUGGGAAGGCUUUCACUCAGAGCUCUCAUCUUACCAGACAUCAGCAAAUCCACACUGGAGAGAAACCUUAUGAAUGUAAUGAAUGUGGAAGGGCUUUCACACAGUACUACCAUCUUGGUCAACAUCAGAGAAUCCAUGUUGGAGAGAAACCUUAUGGAUGCAUUCAUUGUGGAAAGGCUUUCACAACACGUUCCAGUCUUAAUGACCAUCAGAGACUUCACACUGGAAAGAAACCUUAUGAAUGUAGUCAUUGUGGAAAGACUUUUACACACAGAUCUACUCUUGCUAGCCAUCAGAGAAUCCACACCGGAGAGAAACCUUAUAAAUGUAAUGAAUGUGGAAAGGCUUUCACACAGCACUCUAGUUUUGCUAGGCAUCAGAGAAUCCACACUAGAGAGACACUUUAUUAAAAUAAUGUGGAAAGGCUUUCCAAUGCAACUCCAACCUUCCUGGACAUCAGAUAAUUGACAUUGGAGAGAAACCUUCUGAAUGUAAUCCAGGUGAAAAGGUUUUCUGAUUUAAUUCCAAUCUUGCUGAACAUCAGAGAAUCCACACUAGCGAGAAACCCAAUAAAAGUAAUCACAGUGUAAAGGCUUUCCCACAAAGCUCCAGUCUUUCUGAACUUCAGAGAAUCCACCGUAGAAACUUCAUGAAUGUCAAGAAUGUCGCAGGUAUUUUAAUUACUGUUCUAAUUUUAUUGAACAUGAUAUGUUCCACACUAGAGAGAAACUCUAGGAACAUAUGCAAUGCCAUAAAGCCUUCAGAUUACAGUCACCCCUCAUUUCCCAUCAGAUAUUGUAUACUAGAUAGAAACAUUAUCACUGUAAUGAGUCAGGAAGAGCAUUCACAUGGAUUAUCAGACUGGUUCAACAUCAGAAAAAUCAUUCUGAGGAAAUCUGCAUAUGUCCCAAUGUCAGGUGGCCAGAGAUAUGAGGAUAUACUUGAAAAAUCCCAAGGGCUCAAUUAAAAAGUAAGCUGAAAUAAUUAAGAAAUGAUAAUUAAUAAAUAAAUAAAUAAUGAUUUUAUGAAAAGUAGCAGAAUAUAAAGUAAAUCCACAUCAAUCAU